CGUAGUUGGUAGUGGCGGCCGAGCAGCAGUGGUGGUGUGUUGUACUAGCUCACUCUCUCUCUCUCUCUCACCUCCACCAUGACCAUCGUCACUAAGCCAAAGACAGAUAAGAAGCUGGAGAAGCCUCUCGUCGCCAACGAGAUCGUGGGUACAGAAUGUGGGGUAGAUCACACUGUACUGGACCCCAACAGUGGUGACGUCGAGGCAUGGCUCUCCUCCAGUGCUCGCCGUCGUGUGUCCACAGCUACAACCAUCUGUGUCUUCAUCACUGCACUUAUGGUUAUGAGCAUUGGCAUCAUUGGAGGCGUUUACCUGUACCGUGCAUUCUCACGUCACCAGAUGUCUCGUUUCCGUGGGUGGUGUGGGAUUCCAUAUGAACGUGAUUCUCUUCAUCUCAUGGGCAACCCCAAACUUCCCCUUGGAGGCAACCCUGCCAUUUACAAGGGAGAUGAUGAUGAUGCAGAAUGGACAACCUCUGAUAGAUUAUUCAAGGAGGAGUUUGAGCUUGACUUGGAGGAGGACAGUUUUGAGAAUAUCCAUGUUCCUGAUUUUGGCAUUGGCCGCCAAGGCCGCUUCAUCCAUGAUUUCAAAGCUAACAAGACUGGCAUCAUUGAUCUUACCUAUGGUCGCUGUUAUGUGAUGCCUCUCGACCACGACCAUGUUCUGCCUCCUCGCACCCUCUUGGAUCUUAUUAAGAAGAUGUGGAUGGGCUACUAUAAUGUAGAUACUCAGGUGGUUCGUGAAACAAUGCGCGUCACCUACCCACCAGUUGAGGACUUCAACACUCUUGGAACACACAUUGCUAGAUACUGCGCCAACUUCACCACCUUCCGCCUAGAACGUGUUUAUCCUCAUGAUAUGAAGAAACGCAGUGUAAGUGAAGGCAAAGAAAUAGAAUUUGUGGAGUUUGCUGGCAAGAAGAUUGUCCAGUUGACUAUUCAGGAUGAUGGAAGCGAGACUCAACAGGAGCAGUGAGGAGUAGCUAAAUAUUACCAGGUACCUGUGAAACCUCUCCUGAGUAAGCAACCCAAUUACACAGUUUUGCUCAUGGUAGUGACACAAGAAUGAAUGAGCAAUUGUUGUUGGGUAAGUCUGAACAUCUGGUACAGAAUUUGUGCCUGGCAAGUGUUCAUACAUUUGCUGGCAGCUUUAUGAACAUUAUAUGAAUGAGAUUGGCAUGUAACUGGUAAGAUGAUUUCUGAAGAUCUUAGGAUAAAUGUUAAAUCUAGCAAGCAAAAGCAAUAAAGUAUGUAACUAUUAGGAUUGAGUACUAUUGGACUUCAAUAAAAAUGACUGGCCAAGGUAAACCCAGGUUAGCAAAUGAAAUCUUGACUGGGAAUGUACAAAAUUGUGCAUUUGUCUAUUGUUUGGCAUGCAAGGGAAAUAUUAUAACCAGUCUUUUCUGAUAUAAAAGUUCCUUUGAAGAAUUUUGUAUUUUUAAAUAAAUGAAUAUAGGUUGCCCAGUAGAAGAACCAGCAUUGUGACAGAACAUAUCAAAUGUAUAAGAUCAAAUUGUCUUGUCUAAAUUCUCUUACAUAUCUUGGUAUAUACUCUGUAAUGUGACACAGGUGAACUCCGUAAGUCUAUUUAAAUGUUACAAAACUUGUUUUAAAAUUUCCACCUGGGAAUUUCAUUAAUAUUUAGAUUAGUGGAUUGUCAGCACACAGGUUGUUUGCAAAUGGUUGUGUCUUUAUUAGAGGGCUUUUGUACGAGUUCAUGAUAUUUAGAAACUUGGAAUUUUAAUUUGAAAUUCUUGAAUAAGGGCACCAAUUGAAGGAUGAUUUUUUUUCUGGGUAUUGGAGGAUUUGUUUUGUCAACUGGUUGGAGAAUUAUGAUCUACAGCUUGUCUUUAUUGUAUAUUUAUACAUAUUUAAGGUUCUGCAUAUGGUUAAGUAUGUAUUACAAUAAUAUGAAGCUUAAGAAAGUAAAUUUAAAAUAUAAAAAAAAAAACUGAGCACAAUUCAGCAUACCUUUGUUUUAUGUAAUUUCAAUCAUAUGCUUUUCAGACCAUAAAUUUUCUGUUUAGUUUAUGGUUUAGUCAAUAUAUACUGUACAGUGUAUUUACUUUUUCAUAUACAGUAAUUUGUGUGUUCGUCAUUCAAGAGAGAUUUAGGAUAAUAAAGGGUUAGGGUAUUUG